CGCUCUUGUGAAGUCACAGAGUCCCGGGGGCGACACUGGUCUGCGGCUAUAAAACCCUCCAGGUCUGCAGGACCGAACCAAGCUCACCGAACCAGACAGGAGGCAAGCAAAGCAGAACCAGCCGCACACUGAACCAGCAAACAUGGUGAAGAUCACCUUCCAGACAGUGUCGGCGCAGAAACCCGAGAAAGACAGCGACCCGGACAAGAUCUCCAUCCCACUGGCUCACGAGCAGCUGGUUCCUUCGUUUGGACCCAGGAAGCCUUUUCCCACUGGCCUGUGCUGCCUCGCCUUUGGCCUGGUGGUUUUCAUGUCAGGACUGGUGCUAGCGUCUGUCUACAUCUAUCGCCACAACCAUAUACCUCAGCAGAUCCCAGAGGACAGCUUGUUCCACUGUCGGGUCAUCUACGAGGACUCGGUGUACGCGCCCCAGAGAGGACGGCAAGAACUGGAGGAGAACGUCAGCAUAUACCUCGAUGACAAUUAUGAGCAGAUCAGUGUUCCUGUGCCACAUUUUGGAGGCAGCGACCCUGCUGAUAUCGUCCAUGAUUUCCAGAGGGGCCUCACGGCAUAUUACGACAUUGCCUUGGACAAAUGCUACGUCACGGAGCUGAACACGACCCUGGUGAUGCCUCCACGGAACCUGUGGGAGCUGCUCAUUAAUGUCAAGAGGGGAACGUACCUUCCUCAGACGUACAUCGUUCAGGAGGAGAUGGUGGUGACGGGGAGGGUGAGGAGCAUGAGGCAGCUGGGCCCGUUCAUCCACAGGCUCUGCUUCGGCAAGGAAACCUACCGCCUCAAACGCCGAAACCAGCGCCAACGCAUCGAGAGGCGCGAGACGAGGAGGUGUCACAGCAUCCGCCACUUUGAGAACACUUUUGUGGUCGAGACAGUCAUCUGUGACAGAGUCUGAAUCUGAGCAGGAAAUCACAGCCAUCCAACACUGAAGCCAAUUUUAAACCAUACCUCUUGAAUUCCUUAGGCGUUAAACUGCACUUUAAGAGCAAACUUUUGUCCAGUUAGUUUUCCUUUCGGUUCUAAAGUUUUUGUCUCAGCUGGAAAUGCCACUUUAAUGUCCUCGUGCAAAGUGAAUGCCUUUUUAAAAUUGUAUGUCUAUCUGGCUGAUAUUUGGGUUUAACUGUAGCUUGUCUUGUUGAACUGAAGAUAUUACGUUUACAUUAGAAGACUUAAUUUAACUUGAUUUUAGACCUGUCCUUUUACUUUAUUUUAAUAAUUACGUGCACCAUGAGUGAUGUUAGGGGUACUUGGAAGCUGCUUGCACUGUUAAUGUCCUUUUGUUAAAGCUUUUUUUUGUUUUUCUUUUUAUAUAUUUUUGUUUAAAUGCCAGAAAAUGGUCAAACAUACCUCAUGUAGUUUAAGAUGUUAAUUUGUUGAUUUGUAUCAUUGUAGACUUGUGUAAAUAAUUUUGAUUGUUCUUAAGCAAUAUAUACUGUAAAUUGAUUUUCUUCUUGAUACCAUGUUACAUGCAUAGAUUUUUAUUGGGAAUUGACCCAUUAUGUGAAAUAUCCUUUUAUUUAUGGCUUGUCUCUCAUUUCUUUGGUAUCACAAUUUCCUACUCUAAUGGCUUUAGACUGUAACUAGUAGCAGUGCUGUAGAGGGACAGAGAGAACCAAAGUCUGCAGUCAGUGAUGCUGUGAUUAGUGCUAAGGAUUGUUUCGGUUUAGGAUCACUCACUGUAGAUGAUAUCAAAGGUUAAAACUCGCCUUGUUUUGCUCUUCCUCUUCUUCACUAACAUUUGCUUAUUUUCUUAAGCUCUUGUCAGUUUUCAGUCAUUCCCAUCUUGUUAUUGUAACCUCUAUAAGGUUGACUUUUCCCCAACUUGUGUCUUUAAAAUAUACAUGUGCUCACAUUUCAAUGUCUUUGACACACUUAAUGUACAGCCACUUUUUUCUUGUAAUAUCUCACUGCUUUACGAAUAAAUGAUGAAACUUU